UUAUGAAUAAAUACCCGACAACAAGCAACAUUAUCAUCUACUUGUUCCAACUACAAAGAACAUCCAGAACUCUCCAAAGAUGAAGGUCUUUAUAUCUCUCUGUGCCCUCGUGCUUCUCGCACACGCUGCUCAAUCUGCAGACCGUAUUGUUAGCGGUGAAGACGUUACCAGCACUACUUUUGCACCAUGGCAAGUUUCCCUCCAGAAGAGCGGCAGCCACUUCUGUGGAGGAUCCGUCAUCAGUGCAACUCGCAUCAUGUGCGCAGCUCACUGCGUCCAAACCCCAGCAUCCAGCACAACUGUCGUAGUUGGAACCACUGACUACAGAUACCCUGGCCAAUCCAGAACUGCUCUCAGUUGGCUCCGUCACCCAAGCUACAACUCCCGAACCAUUGAUUACGAUUAUUCCAUGAUCACAGUCUCUGCUUUGACUCUUAACUCUGACGUUGCUGCCAUCGAAGUUGCAUCACAAGAAUACGCCGCUGGAACCCAGGCUCUUAUCACUGGAUGGGGCAAGACAUCUGGAGGAAUUUUGGGACAAAUCCCAAACACACUUCAGUUCGCCUACACUCCAUUGGUUUCCGUAGCAGACUGCAGAGCUCAAUGGGGAUACACUCAGAUUACUGACAGAAUGCAGUGCGCUGGAGGACAAGGCAACAGCGGAUGUAAUGGUGACUCCGGCGGUCCACUUGCUGUCAAUGACAACGGUACCUGGAAGUUGGUAGGAAACACCUCAUGGGGUUCAUCAGGUUGCACAACCAGCAUCCCAUCCGCUUGGUCCAAGAACUCAGCGGUCUACAGCUGGAUCCAAUCGAACAUGUAAAUGUUGAUAUCGGAACCUAUCCGCCGCAUUCAUAAAUAAAAAAAAACAAUAAAA